UGGAUUGGUCGGUUGCGAGGCCUCUGCAGUCAGUAGGGAGUGUUUUGGUGUGUAGGACCACCGAAGUUAGUUCUUCUGUGAGGGAUUGUUAACCAAAAUAUUAGCUGGUCAGUUAACACAACACUGCGAGAGAAAGCUGACUGAACGUUUUUAGAGUGUAUACUUCACUGUAAGGAAGAGGUGAUUAUUCUGUUAGCUUACAGGUUAGGUGGCUAGACACUGUAGGUAAAGCUCGGAAACCGAGGGCUUGUGAUGCCUACGUUGCGGGACAGCACUAUGUCCCACCCCGGUGAGAAUCCCCAUCAAGUCCGGGUAAAAGCCUACUACAAAGGAGACAUCAUGAUCACACACUUUGAGCCGUCCAUCUCCUACGAGGGGCUGCACACUGACGUCAGGGAGAUGUGCUGCAUGGACAACGACCAGCUCUUCACCAUGAAGUGGAUCGACGAGGAAGGGGAUCCCUGCACCAUAUCCUCCCAGCUGGAGCUCGAGGAGGCUCUGCGUCUGUACGACCUCAACAAAGACUCCGAACUCAUCAUCCAUGUGUUCCCCUGCAUCCCUGAGAAGCCCGGCAUGCCCUGCCCCGGAGAGGACAAGUCCAUAUACCGGAGGGGUGCCCGGCGAUGGAGGAAGCUUUACUACGCCAAUGGACACGGCUUCCAGGCCAAGAGAUUCAACAGGCGAGCGCACUGCGCCAUCUGCACGGACAGGAUAUGGGGUCUGGGGAGACAGGGCUACAAGUGCAUCAACUGCAAGCUGCUGGUGCACAAGAAGUGCCACAAGCUGGUGACCAUGGAGUGCGGCCGGCACCUGAUACAGGAACCAAUCAUGGGCUCGAUUGGUGAACCGUCCACUCCGACUGAUCACCUAGAACCAGUCAUUCCGUACAAGUCGUCCAAUGAGAGCCUGAAUAACGAUGGAGAGGAGAAGGAGGCCAUGAGCAGCCGGGAGAGCGGGAAGGCCGCGUCCAGCCUGGGCCUGGUGGACUUCGACCUGCUGAGGGUGAUCGGGCGGGGCAGCUACGCCAAGGUCCUGCUGGUGCGGCUGAAGAAGACCGAGCGCAUCUACGCCAUGAAGGUGGUGAAGAAGGAGCUGGUGAACGACGACGAGGAUAUCGACUGGGUCCAGACAGAGAAGCAUGUGUUCGAGCAGGCCUCCAACCACCCCUUCUUGGUGGGACUGCACUCCUGCUUCCAGACUGAGAGCAGACUCUUCUUUGUGAUUGAAUAUGUGAAUGGCGGCGACCUGAUGUUCCACAUGCAGAGGCAGCGGAAACUUCCGGAAGAACAUGCCAGGUUUUACUCUGCUGAGAUCAGUUUGGCCUUGAACUACCUUCACGAGCGCGGCAUUAUAUACAGAGACCUGAAGCUGGACAACGUUUUGCUGGAGUCCGAAGGACACAUAAAACUCACUGACUACGGCAUGUGCAAGGAGGGUCUACGGCCUGGAGACACAACCAGCACCUUCUGCGGGACGCCCAAUUACAUCGCCCCUGAGAUUCUGAGAGGAGAGGACUAUGGCUUCAGUGUAGACUGGUGGGCGUUGGGCGUGCUCAUGUUCGAGAUGAUGGCGGGUCGGUCGCCGUUUGACAUCGUGGGGAGCUCGGACAAUCCUGACCAAAACACAGAGGACUACCUCUUCCAAGUGAUAUUGGAGAAGCAGAUCAGAAUCCCCAGGUCCCUGUCUGUGAAGGCUGCCAGCGUACUGAAGGGCUUCUUAAACAAGGACCCCAAAGAACGGCUGGGCUGCCAUCCGCAGACGGGCUUCGCUGACAUCAUGGGCCACCCCUUCUUCCGGAACGUCGACUGGGACCUUAUGGAACAGAAACAAGUGGUCCCGCCGUUCAAGCCCAACAUCUCUGGGGAGUUUGGCCUGGACAACUUCGAUGCCCAGUUUACCAGCGAGCCCAUCCAGCUCACGCCGGACGAUGACGAUGUUGUCAGGAAGAUCGACCAGUCAGAAUUUGAAGGCUUCGAGUACAUCAAUCCUCUGCUAAUGUCUGCCGAGGAGUGCGUCUGAACGGACCUCCGCGAUUGCCUUCCAUACAGUCCUGCCUGCUCAAGGGUCCUACUGCUUGGGAGUUGCUGGCUGCCAAGCCGGCGUCUUAAAAGUUUCCCGUCGGCCUUACCUGCCAAACUGAUUUUCCUCUCUGCCGUUGAGAACCAUUAGUCCUUAAACAAACCGUCUUUAUUCUGUAUCUUGUAAUCCCACAAAGAUGUCCAAUGAAAGAUGUAAUGAUGAAACGGACCUCCUGAAUGCUGACCAAUGAAGGUCAAAGGUCAUAGAAGCCAGUAUUAGCAUUAUACAGGAGGAACAUCCAUCACUUUACUCAAACAUGGGGGUUUAGUACAUAUUUUAUUUGUAUACAUAAAAACUUUGAGUUUGUCACUGGUGAAGAUCUGUGAAUUCUGAAGGACAUGGGUGUUUUUUCAUUUUCAGCCAAACUUGCGAGGGACAAAUCUGAAGUGGACGCUUUCUGAAUUUUCCAAGCUACCUUCUACCAGCACCAAGCCCAUAGACAGGAGAUUGGGGGGGGGGGGGGGGCUAGCCUUUUUUUAAAUGAGGUAUCUUCUUUUUUAUUUAAUGAUGUAAUGGUCUAUAUACAAUGUAUGCAAGUGUUGUGUCUUGGUCCUAAAUGGAACCAGAGCAGCUCACACUAGUAUCUACGGUACCUGGGCCAAACUCUAGAAUGAGGCCGGCUGCCCAUUGCAAGCCAGCCUUCUCUAAUGAAGCCAAUUAACACUAAUGUAAAUGCAGACUAACUGUGAACAGCCAGAACGGCUUUGUGUCUGAUGGUUAAGAGUCAAAUGCGGCUGCACAGAACAGACACUUUCACAUGGGACCAAAAAAUGGAAAUUAAAAUGACAAAAUGAUAAUGUUCUUGGCAGUGCUCCCCAAAGCACAUCUUGUAUAGGAUGCAGUACUUAUCCAAGAGGUCACUGUCUGUCAGAGUUCAUAUACAGGUUUUCUUUGUUUUCUUUUUAAUGUUUUUAAACAAUACAAUGCCUUUUCUAAUGCUGUCGUUAUAUUCUUAUUCACUGUUUGUUUUAUUUAUGUAUGGUUACCCUGGAAAUAUCAUGGUUACUGAAAGUUCACCAAUGUUGUUUUGUCUGCAUUCCAUGUAUCCUCCAGUCUAGAGUUUGAAUUGUUGUUUUCAAACAAAACCAGCGGGGAGGUCGCUCCUUGUGCGUGCGUGCAGGCUGGUCUGGGCUAGACGAGGCAAGGCCAGGGGCAUCGGUGCUCCUCUUUCAGGACAGUGUGUCCCAUCCUGCUCUCUUGGCUGUGUUUCACAACAGCACUGUGGAAACCUGAUACUUGGUGCGAGUGUGGCCAGACGCUCUUUAACAUCGCUCACGGCAUCAACGCGCAAACAAGCGCGUAUGUGCUGCGGCCAACACGCAAACGGAAAGACUGCGGGACCUUAUUGUACAUUGAAAGGAUUGUCUUCUAUGGGGAUCUAACAAUCAAAUAAUCAAUAUUCCUUGAAAAUUUGAUACUCAGUCAAUUGUUUUCUAAAUAUCUGUUUAUAUCUGUACAUCUUGCUGACUUGUAAAAAUAUGAAUAGGUAAAUGUAAGUAUUAUUUCUUUUAAAAUCGAUUUCUGUACAUGCAUGCAUAUAUACACAUACACAUAUGUGUAUAUAUAUGCAUAUGUACACAUGCACAUUCCAUUCAGUGUGAAAAUCCUGACUGUCAAAUUCACACAUUUUGAAGAGGCUUUGGUAAGCGAUAUUUUCCUUUGUCGCUGUUUUUCUUGUUUUGUUUUAUUGCUCUUUUCUCAUUUUAAAAUCAAAAACCAGAGAGGCCUCCUGUUGACAAGGGUACCAAAUUCACUUUGAACUUUUCUGCUUAAUUACUUUAAAACAAUGUUAAUUUUUUUAAUUUUUUUUUAUUUACAUUCUGUUCAAUAUUUCACAAAAAUCACAUUGUUUCAUAUUUUGUUAAUGGGUGAAAUAGCGAUGAAAAUAAAAAAAGCCCUUUACCUGUCUGA